UGUUUGGCAUGUCACGGCAGGGCCGCUAACUACGGUGGCCAACCUAAACAUGCAAAAAGUGACUAUCCUGAUCCGGAGCCAGUGUUUGGUUUGUCUGUUCUGGGCUACUGUAGAAACAUGGCGGUGCAACAUGGCAAUGUCCAUAGGUGUGUACCUGUUCUCUGUGUAGCUUUUAAUGGAGCGAUUCUUAUUUCCAGGUGAUUGAACACUUUAAGAAUCUUAUUUUAUUAUAUUCAGUUUCAGAAAGUUCCCCCAAAUCUUACACACUAGACCUUUAAAGUUACAAUUUAAUUAUUAAAAACUGGGAAAAGUUGACACUUCUGUAAACAAGAUAACCCACACCUGUGACCACCACAUUCACCCACUCAUUAUCCCGCAGUUUCUUGAACAUUAUUAAUAUUAUUCAGACAGAUUAUCUAUAAAACAAUGUCAGUAUGUGUAUUUCCAGUGUGAGUAAAACAGCGGAGAGGCGCUGUGAGAAAAGAUGAAACAUGUGGUGGAGGUCGCUCAUUGCUUGAGGAAGUUAUUGGGAAUUAUGAAAUGACAUCACCACAGUUUUUUCCCGGCUUUGUUUGGUGCUCCUCCUGACCACGCCUUCCUGCCGGCUCCAUCAUAAAGCAGCCAGGCCGUGUGUGUGUGCACCAGUUGAGCUCGAGUCAGCGCGGACAACAGGUGCACCACAGCCUCCCUCCACCUCGCUGUUGGAUAAUGCCCGCAGAGCGCCGCUCGUCGCUUUGCACAGGGCUUCCUCGUCUGCACUUUGAACAUUUGCACGUUUUUGUAUCCUGAUCACUUCCAGCCACACAAAAUGCCUUUUCCGCCUAUCAGCCUCCAGCAGCGAAUCUCCUCUCCUGGCAGGGAACUAUUCGGGAAAAAGAAAGCCAACGGAGUGCCUCCUCACACUGAGCUCACCAGCAAAUCCGGCGGAGAGAAAGCGGUGUCCGAAAAGGAGAAACAGUCCACAUCUUGGACAUCGGCGAAUUUAAGGAAUUUAGGGCGAAAAGCCCAUCAGGAGAAGAGUAAAAGCUCAGCUCAGAAGGCGAGUAGCGGCCGGGAGACGCAGGGAAAAUGCUCCUGGCUGUCGGUAUCCAAACCUCAGGACUCAUCUGAAGGAGUCAGGCGCUCUAGCUCUAUGGACUCCGCCAGACACCUCCAAGGCAAGGAGGAAGGGAAGAAGGAGAUUCAGUUUACCCUCAGCCUCACCCCCGAAGCCAUUCUUGUCAUCCAAAAACGAAAUCUAGAAAAGCAAAUGAUGGCAAAGCAGCAGAAAUGCUGCGCCUCCGCGGACUUUAGGCACAGGCGCGUAUUUCCAUCCAAAAAGGCGCACGGAGCGUCCAAGGGCUGCGCUCCUGUCGCCAAAGUGGAAAGCGCCGAGCAGGACAUCACCGCCAUUGUUAAAAUAUCUCUUUUGAAUGAUCAAUACAAGUACGACGAUGUGGAGUAUGAAGAGGAGGAUGGAGACGUGGAUGAGACUGUUGUGAGGAAAUGUAAAGAGUGGCUCAAAGGGGUCGAAAACGCCGCCGCUUUGGGGAAAGUCGACAAACUUUCUGCACUCCCGCACCUUAAAGGCUGCUGACACCUGACUUUGGACUUUUCUUUUUGUUUUAGACAGCUGACUGAAGAGACGAUGGACUCUGAAAUGUAUGCACCGAUGCUGCCCUGCUACAAUGGCAUUUUAAAUUUGAGUCUUGUGAAUUAGCCUAAUUGUUUGCAAAUGAGAGGAGAAAAUCCACUCAAGAGAAAUGUCGAUUUGUUACGGAGAUAUUCACUAAAAUAGGUAUCAUGUCACUUAAAACAUACCCUUAUUGAAGAAAUUUGAAAUAUGAAUUGCAUUGGAAUAAGAGGAAAUUUGGCAUCAAUUUGCCUCCACCAAAAUAAGAUUUUAAAGCCUAAUUGCAGCCACGGUGCUUCUUAUGGCUCACAGGGAUGUUGCUUUGCCUGCUCAAUGUUUUGUUGAAGUCUGAACUGAAUACCUUAAUAUUCUCGUUCUUUGCACAUGGUUUUUGUUUUCAGUGGGGCGCCUGUGGAUUGGCAGAGGGGUUUGCGUAAAGCGACGCGAAACCGCUCCUUUGUGUUGGAGAACAAUACGCUGUCAACAACAGGGCUCUGUAUGCGCCUGCUGCUGAAACCAAACUGGACUGUUUAUUUUUCCUCUAAUAAGAGGGUUAUAUCCUUUGUAGGAAUUUAUCAGCGAUGUACAGUAUUUAAUAUUUACUAAAUGUUUGUACUGUUUACUCAGCUGAUGAUUUGAUGCCAUUUGAAGUAAAAACAAUGUUUGUUUUUUAAAUUAUGCAGGUGUCACUGACCUUUUUAAAGCUGAUUUGUGUUGUGCCUCUUGAAUAAUUCUGUUACAUGAUGCUGAUUUGCAGUCAUUUAGAUUUCUUUUACACUUCUGGCACAUUCCCAGACUGUAUUUUAAAGGCUCUUUUGUUUUCACUGUACCUACCUGAGGCCAUUUGGGCAUUAGUGUUCUAAGCUUCUUAGAUUUCCUGUUAAGCAGGGUUGACCAGUGUGCUGUGGGGCCCAUGUGCAUGAUCCCUGCAGGAAAUUACCUCCAGUCUGCUUUUUAUACCAAACAUAACAAUGCAUGUAGCUACUAAAGAUAAAUAGUGUUGGUACCAAACAUCUGGGAAAUUAUUUCACCCAAAGUGCCAAAAGAGCUAUAUGAUUUGCAGCAGAGGUUUGAAUUAAGAGCUUAAUCCUGACAUUCCCACACUCACACUGAGCUACAAAGACUCAUGUUUAAAUUCUGUAAUGGACUUCAUGUGCUGCUCAGGGAGAAACAGCUGGUCAGGGACCUUCUGAGAGCUUAGAAACAAACCACGACUGUUUUUAGCAAAAUACAAUAAACCAGAGUUACAGAGAAAUUAAGCCAUAAAGACAUGUUUGGCCUCUUUGUUGGUUCUCUUCAGCUGCCUAUUGUAUUGAUCGUUAAACCAGUCAAGGGAAACUGAGGGAAACACACCAGCCUUUUGCACAAAUUAAAGGAAUACUUCACCCUCAAAAUGACCAUUAGAAAAUCAGUUAGUCAUGCUGUGUUACCUUGAGUUUGUGAAGAAAAGUUUGUUUUUCUUGUAUUCCUCCACAUAAAAUAGUGAACAUAUGGA